AUGCUUUCUGUCCUGCAAGAGUGGGGUUUGUCUCAAGACUUGGCACAGGAGUUCUAUGAGACCUUCGGUGGAAACGUUUUUUUGUGCCACCAGGCGGUCGACAAACUCCGUGAGCAAUUCGAGUUGGGUCAGGAGAGGCUCUUCGACCCCUUCAACGUCCGAGACAAUGCCGGCUUAGAUGACCUCAUUGGUGACCCGCUCACUCGGAAGCACAUGGAGAACUUGGCUCAGAAAGGAUGGUCGCAAGUAGAGGGUGGCUCUGCAGAAGCGGAGACGGAGAGCCAGAAGGGUGCUCGCAUCAUCGCCAAGAAGAACUUCGGCGUCAUCAUCGAGAGACAGACCACUACUUUCUUUGACGAAGCCUUGGAGGAAGAUAUGUUCAGAGACCCAGAUGCUGUGCGGGUUUUAAUUCCACCAACUACAUAUGCACGCAAGUGCAUCCAGCGGAUGGUGGACACGGUGAAACCAAGCAUCACCACACAACAAGCUGGAGCAGUGUGGGUGAGGCAACUAAAGGAGGACGACAGUGGUGGCUUCGAGUUUGCCGGCGAUGCCUUUAAAAUCACUGCAGCGGUUGCUGACAUAGAUGAUUUGAAGACAGCAAUUCACAUGAAGGAGAUGCUCACGGUUGCGCCCUCCAAAAUCAAGAUUUACAGCAAGACGGAGGACGGCAACUGGAACAAAGAAGACCCAGAAGCUUCCCUUGCGCAUGGCGUCACUACGUCGGACAGCUAUGGCUACCUCAUUCCCUAA